GCAGGCUCGCACUGAGGCACGCGCGCCGUGGGCAUUCCCGGCCCUGCGACCCGUCCUUCCUCGUUUCCACGCCCUCUCUCCCGAGCUCCCCGACCCCGACACCCCUCCCGGAGCCGCAGCCUUCCAGAGUCGAGGAGUUUUAAAAAGUUGGGGCUCGAAAAGCCAGGAAGGUACGAUGGCUUCCUCGUCUGGCAACGACGAUGACCUCACUAUCCCCAGAGCUGCUAUAAAUAAGAUGAUCAAAGAGACUCUCCCUAACGUCCGGGUGGCCAACGACGCCCGAGAACUGGUCGUGAACUGCUGCACUGAAUUCAUUCACCUUAUAUCCUCGGAAGCCAACGAGAUUUGCAACAAGUCGGAAAAGAAAACGAUUUCGCCGGAGCACGUCAUACAAGCACUAGAAAGUUUGGGCUUUGGCUCUUACAUCAGUGAAGUAAAAGAAGUCUUACAAGAAUGCAAGACAGUAGCACUAAAAAGAAGAAAGGCCAGUUCUCGUUUGGAAAACCUUGGCAUUCCUGAAGAAGAAUUGUUGAGACAGCAACAGGAAUUAUUUGCAAAAGCUAGACAGCAGCAAGCAGAAUUGGCUCAGCAGGAAUGGCUUCAAAUGCAGCAAGCCGCCCAACAAGCCCAGCUGGCUGCAGCCUCAGCCAGUGCAUCCAAUCAGGCAGGGUCUUCUCAAGACGAAGAAGAUGAUGACGACAUCUGAAAUUCACCAUCUUGGCUUUUGUUUCCUCUGUAAGAAAACAGUGAAAGAAGUGCUUCUCUGUAACUGUAUAUGCAUCUCGGUGGACUUACCAUUGGUAUUCUAGAGUCGUCUGCUGUUCAGGUUUCAACUACUCUGCUAUACUUGUAAAACUGUCUCUUUGAACUAUUGAAAAUUUGAGGUUCAGUGUAAGAUCAGCUUUGAAUUUGUAAUGGUGUUUCUGGAAUCGAAGAGCAGUGUGAACCCUUUAUUUGGUCAGUGAACAGUAUUACAGAAAGCAUCAGGUUAUAAAAAUACAGUGACAUUUACACAGAUCUCUUCAUCUGUAUUUGCAUCUUCUCUGCCCUUUUAACUGAACUAAAACUGAGAAUUUUAUAUUGAGAUGAGGCAUGGUGUGAGGCAGAAUACUUUGAAUCAGGUUGGUGGAAAAAGUUCAGUUCUGUAUAGUACUUAAAUGUUUUUGUCUUUUAAACUGAGUGUAUAUGCAGGCAACAAUUAUAUAUGCUCAGAUAAAUAAAUAUACUUGCUAAGAGAAAAACUCAAAGAAGACAUUCAAAAACUAAGAAGGAAAUGUAUUCACUGGUAGUUGUAUAAAUUUGAUGAGUUAUGUUUUUGAUUUUGUUACUCUUUUGUGUAUCAGUAAAAACUAGUUUUAUUAUAGUAUAAUUUAUCUACACUAUGCCAUUUCAGAGACUGGCUAAUCUUGAAGAUUGUCAUGAUUCUUACUAUUUCACUCCAGUUCAGUAAAAUUGUUCAUAGUAUUACUUGCUUCAGUCAUUCAUGUUUAUGUCGUUUGAGUAUAUAGGUAGGACUUGUGAAACAGUUGCUUGGGUUCCGUUGGUUUAACUGAGGCUCAUGGAUAUUCAGACCUUUGCUAAGGGAAAUAAAUGAAAGCUAAUGAAUAUGAUUGCUAUGAAAGAGGGCUUUAAAAAUAUUAUUUAACAUGUAGUUUACUUAUUGUUUGGUUUUAGCAUAACAUUUACAUUUUCUUGACUAGGUGGCCUAAAGAGCCCAGUGCUAACUUUUGAUAUGACAUCAUUGUCCCCAUCAUCAUAAUUGAGUGAUAGCUUUAAAAGUUUUGUGUUUGAUUAAAAAGUGUCAUAACUGACCAGCCCUAUAUGAAGUGUUAACUUGCUGUUAAAAGUGAGCAGCUUUAAUUUGGCUUCAGUGACUAAAGUAUGGUAGUGUUUGUGAGAGGGUUCCAAUGUAAUUGCAGAAAUUGUGUAAAUGCCACCUAAGGUAAUAGGAAGUCAUUAAGUUCCUGUGUCAGUUGCCAAGUCAUUUAAACUUCUGUAUUCACCAAGCCCCAAGAGAUUCUAGCUGCCAGGAUUUUAAUUUUAUUUGGAGAGCUAAGUAAAGUUUAUAAGUAUUAGAUUUCUUAAUAUUCAUAUUUUUCAUUUUUAGAAAAAGGGAAAUAUUGUUAUGCAUUUAUCAGAUAGAUAUACUUCCCCAGUAUAACAGAAAAGGUAGUAAAAGGGUAGUAAUUUUUCUGAAUGCUUUAUGUUGAAGUUAUUUAAGGUAUUUCAUGGAUAUGCCCAUGAAAUGAAGUGUUUGGAAAAAAUAGAAGGAAUCUUUUUUUCUUUUUU